GAGGCGGAGACCGAGUUUCCCUUUUGAUCAUGUUUUAUCAGCGGAGCGGGUUUGUAUAUAUUUUUUUACGAUGGAGCUGCCUGAAACAUUGAGGAAACGUUUAGACGACUUUUCUCGGAGUGUUUUAUUCGACUGGAGUCGCCAUGAGCCGUUCUCUAAAGGCGCCGAGGCGUUUUUGCCUCACGACAAACGGGUUCUGUCCAGCCUCCAGCUGCAGAUGUCUUUGUACUUUAACAUCUGGUUCUUCCCGCUGUGGUGGAUCAGUGAAACCGUGAUGCUUCACCUAAAGUAUCCUGCCUUGCCAGACUACUACAAGUUCAUCCUUGUGACUGUUCUUCUGCUCAUGACUCUGAUUGAAGCCAUCAGGCUUUAUCUUGGCUACACUGGAAACUUGCAAGAAAAGGUUCCAGAGUUGGCUGGCUUCUGGCUGCUGAGCAUCCUGCUGCAGUUUCCACUCAUCUUUUUUCAGCUCUUCAAUGAAGCCAUUCUCAUACAGCCCCUGGAGAGAGGCGUUCAUAUAGUUCUCGCCUUAUUUAUACUCACACAGGCUGUCUCCGGUUUUGUGGCAUUGCGGGACAUGGUUACACACACGAGAAGCCAGUUUCAUCUCCAACAGUUUGACUGAAUUCUGAUGUGAUCUGGUGUUUCAUGGCCAGCCAGGAUGUUUUAGCCAUACCUCCCAGGCUGACAACAAAACAGCACUACAGGAGGAAUAUGAUAUAUUUUUUUACACGACUGAAGAGAGAGAAAAAAAAACAAUUUUUUUGUAUAUUUGCCUUAGAUGAGAUUGUAUCUUUAUUGUAAAUUUGAAAUAAA